GAGGAAAGGCUCCGUUUCUGUAUUGGAGGAAGUCAUGCUUCUACAAGGAAAGAUGGCUGAAGUUGUGGAGCUGCAAAAGCUAAAGUUGGCUGAACUGAGGCAGGAAUGUGAAGCCAGAGGUCUGGAAACCAAAGGAAACAAAGGGGACCUCAUCGCCCGGCUGCAGACUUAUCUGGAAGAGCAUGAGGAAGAUGUGGAUGUGGAUGAGGUUCUGGCAGAAGAUUCGGAGGACUUCUCUAAAGUGGAGAACGUCAAUAAUGAAAAUGACAAUAAGGAAUCAGAUUCUACUUUCUGUGAGCCACCUCCUGCAAAGAAGGUGGUGAAACUUUCUCCUCCAUCAACAGCCACUGAAAGACUACAGAAGAGAGCUGAACGCUUCAAUUUGUCUGGAUCAUCUGAAAGCAAGAAAGUCAUUCGCGCUGCAAGGUUUGGUUUACCCAGUGAUGCUUCAAGUCCCUCUCCAGGUCAUGUUGCAAAUAGUAAAGCUGCUGUGAAUAUAGAACAACUGAAGAAACGAGCAGAACGGUUUGGCAUGAAUGUGUCGGCCAUUUCUCAAAAGAUUGAAGAAGAUGAAAAGCUGAAGAAAAGGAAGGAGAGAUUUGGAAUCCUAACGAGUGCCGCUUCAGUUGGUGUCGAUGAUGUUGAGGCGAAGAAAACGAAGCGUGCUGAAAGAUUUGGGAAAGUGUAAAUAAUGUUUUUGUGCUAUUUUGUAACACCUUUUGAUUAAUGUACCUCGUGGGUCCCAAAGACGGCAAACUAAUAGGAUUCAUAUAAAUCAAAAGUGUACUUGAAUAUGUAGGUUAAACUGGAGGAGCAGUUUCAGUAUAUUCUUCUGCAAAGACCAGUGGUUGGAAUAUCUGUGCCAAUCUUUUGAUCAUACAUAUUUAAAUUUUUAAAUGGCUGUUGAAUUAUUAUUUUCCAUAACUGGUUACUCCAGUUAAUGGGGGGGGAUGGUUUCUUUUAAUGAGAAAUCAUCAAAAAUACUAAGAAAUGCUUCGUGUUGCAAAGUUGAAGAAAAAAAAUUCUAGCAUCUGUCAUUACAUCCCAGUCUGCACCAAAAUUUAAUAGGUACUUCCUUCAGCAUAUAUCAAGCACAUUUUUUCUUUUUCUUUGUUCCUUUUUUGACCAACCAACCAUGCAUAGUUUCCAUAAUGGAGGUAAUUAUUAAGUAGUAUAAGUACUGUAAUCCACAAAGUGAGUACUUAGUCACUGCUGUCAUGCAAUGUUUUUCUUUUUGUCACAUAGCAAAAAAAAAUUUAGGUGCAUAUGUAUUUCGACAUUAAGGGUUUUUAAUUUGCCUUUUAAAACAGAUGGCAGUAGAAAGCGAACAUGUGCAGACUUUGAGCUAUUAUUUGGGAAUAGUUUCAUUACAGAAAGCCAUGUAGAAAACACAUUGCUUUUUGUGUGUGGUCACAUGAAAUCUAGGCUAAACUUGGUAAAAUAUAAAGUUUGAGACUAACCUAGAUUUCCUUUCUUUUUUUAUACCCCACCAGUGGUAAAUGCAGAGGAGAUUACACAACUUCACUGCGUCUAUGUGUGUAUCAGUCACACUUUCUUGUGCACAGGAUGACUUGAACCAAGUAUAUCUGCUUUUCACU